UGAAUGAACGAACAGUUUACAAAUAAACCCUCUCAAAUCGCCCGCCUUCUGCGCUCCGGCUCCUCAUUGGCCGCUGGCACAGUUACCACGGUGAUACUGUAGCAACGCCUAUCAGCACUCCUCCCUCUUGUCCAAUUAUGGCAGACGCGUCGGCGUGUGUGAGCUCUGAUUGGCUGACGGCUGCUCGUUGUUGCAGAUCAAGCGCUCAGACUGAAGGCGCGAGCGGCGCGUGUGUUCCCGGUUGUUUUGACGUGUUUGUUUUAGCGGAUCCGCGACUAACGGCUCACUGACGGUGUCGGAUGAUGGUGCUGGACGGGCUCGGCUGCGGAAAGAGUCUCAGCGCGGCGGCCGCUCAGGGGGACGCGCGGGGGGUGCGGCGGAUCCUGCAGGGCCACCGGGUAGAACCGGACGCGCUCAAUGAGUUCGGGAAAACCGCGCUGCAGGUGAUGAUGAUGGGCUCCAGUGCAGUGGCUUCAGUGCUGCUGGAUUUCGGUGCAGACCCGAAUGUUCAGGACCGCAGCGGUGUGACUCCGGCUCAUGACGCCGCUCGCACCGGUUUCCUGGAGACGCUGCGGGUGCUGGUGGACGGCGGCGCCUCCGUUAAUGUGCCGGACCACAGCGGGGCACUGCCCAUACACAUCGCCGCCCGCGAGGGACACUGGGACGUGGUGGAGUAUCUGGCGCCCCUGACGGAGCUGCGGUGGCCGGACGGGCAGAGGCUGGAGGUGCUGAUGGAGAACCUGCGGGCCACUGGAUCCGGAUGAUGUGUGUGUGUGUGUUCAGUUCCAGAUGACCCGCUGUCUGCAUCAGCUGUGUGUGUGUAUGUGUGUGUUUGACAGCUUGCUGAGCUCAUAUUAGCUGGAGUUUGUUUUGCACAGUCCAUCCCUGCUGGCACACACACACACACACACACACACACACACACACCUGUAAAUAAUCCUCCUUCCUGUUUCCUGUGCAGAUCUCUCCUCUGUUUACCUGUACACUGCUGUGACGGGACUCCGGCCUGAUGAACUCUCGCUCUGUGUCUGUGUUUGGUUGGAGUGUGUUGCAGUUUAAUGUUUGUAAAUAUCUUUAUGAAUUAUUUGACUUAUUUAUUGCAGAUUUGUAUAUUCAGGUUUAUGUUUACGAUGAUAUUUGAAGUGUUAUUUAUUAAGCUGUUAUACUGAAUAA